UUGCUCCUAGGAACGCUCUGCUCCCAGAAACGCUCUGCUCCCAGAAACGCCUUGCUCCUAGGAACGCUCUGCUCCCAGAAACGCCCUGCUCCUAGGAACGCCCUGCUUCUAGGAACAAACACCCUGCUCCUAGGAACGUUCUGCUCCCAGAAACGCUCUGCUCCCAGAAACGCUCUGCUCCUAGGAACGCUCUGCUCCCAGAAACGCCUUGCUCCUAGGAACGCUCUGCUCCUAGGAACGCCCUGCUCCUAA